AUGCGUUUCGUGCCAUUCCUCUCAUGCCUUUCUGCCAUAGCAUGUGCGAAUGCACAGCUAUUGGAUAUCCCGCAAGUUGACGCGCUGGUCAAGGAAGCGUUGAAGCCUCUGUCUGCGUGGACGCAUUAUCAUGGUCCCAAAGAGAGCACGUUGAACGCCAACAUCCAAGGAGUGGUGGAAGCGGCAACUGCAGCCGUGACCGAUCCUUCAUACUGGCUGGCAGACAUCACUCAUCAAGGCCUGGCCGCAUUCAACUCCAACCCGUCUGGAUACAAGGUCUUCCGCAAUGUCAAGGACUACGGCGCCGUAGGUGAUGGUGUGACGGAUGAUACUGCUGCCAUCAACUCUGCUAUUAGUGAUGGCGGCCGAUUUGGUCCUUCGAGCCGCGAGUCUUCCACAACAACUCCCGCCAUUGUAUACUUCCCAGCCGGAACCUACCUGAUUUCGUCGUCGAUCCUUGACUAUUACUUUACCCAACUGAUCGGUAAUCCCAACUCAAUUCCAGUCAUCAAGGCCACUUCUGGGUUCACGGGCCUUGGGUUGAUUGACGGAGACCAAUACCAAAGCGAUGGCAAUCAAGGCUGGGGGUCCACAAAUGUGUUCUUCAGACAGAUCCGGAACUUGAAGCUGGAUUUGACCUCCAUCCCAGCAAGCUCUGCUGCUACUGGUAUUCACUGGCCGACUGGUCAGGCCACUAGCAUUCAAAAUGUUGAGAUUGCCAUGAGCUCUGCGUCGGGUACCCAGCACCAGGGUAUCUUUAUUGAGAACGGCUCUGGAGGCUUCUUGAACGACAUUACAAUCACCGGUGGACUCUACGGAGCUAAUAUCGGCAACCAGCAAUUCACCAUGCGCAACCUGGCCGUCUCCGAUGCUGUGACUGGAAUCUCCCAAAUCUGGGACUGGGGUUGGACAUAUCAGGGACUCACCCUGACCAACUGCACAACUGGUCUCUCGAUUAACAAUGGGGGUGCUGGCAACCAGCUCGUUGGCUCGGUCAAUGUUCUCGAUAGCACCAUCCAAGACUGUCCUACUUUUGUGACGACAGCCUGGGCAAGCUCGACUUCGUCCAACGGUAGUCUCAUCCUGGAGAAUAUCGCCCUUGACAAUGUCCCCGUUGCAGUGCAGGGAACCAGCGGCACUGUACUAUCGGGAACAAGCGGGGCAUCCACUAUCAGCGCUUGGGGUCAGGGCCACAAGUACACUCCUAGCGGUCCCACUAACUUCCAGGGCAGCUUCACCGCGCCAACGCGCCCAAGUGCACUGCUUGCAAGCGGCUCAUCGAGAUACUACACCAAGUCCAAGCCUCAGUAUGAGGCUUCGCCUACAUCAUCAUUCGUUAGCAUUCGCGGCGCUGGGGCCAAGGGAGAUGGUUCCACCGAUGACACUUCAGCCAUCCAGUCUGCAAUCACCUCAGCCGCAUCCUCUGGCAAGAUUGUCUUCUUUGACCAAGGAACAUACAAGGUCACGGGUACCAUCUACAUUCCUUCCGGCUCCCGCAUCGUCGGCGAGGCCUACCCCGUGAUUAUGGCUAGCGGAAGCACAUUCUCAAGCAUCUCUAGCCCUGCCCCUGUCAUCCAGGUUGGAAAGUCUGGCGAAUCUGGAUCUAUUGAAUGGUCCGAUAUGAUUGUUAGCACCCAAGGAUCUACGCCCGGUGCUGUUCUUAUUGAGUGGAACUUGGCCGCAGCAUCUGGCUCCGGCAUGUGGGAUGUCCACACUCGGAUUGGAGGAUUCACCGGCUCUCAGCAACAGGUCGCUCAGUGUCCCACCACUGCGGCGGUGAGUGCUGCCUGUGAAGUUGCUUAUAUGUCCAUGCACAUCACUAGCAGCGCGAGUGGUGUGUACAUGGAGAAUGUUUGGCUAUGGACUGCCGACCAUGACCUUGACAGUGCCUCCAACACGCAGAUCUCCGUGUACACUGGCCGUGGUCUGCUGAUCGAGGGAAAGAAUAUUUGGCUCAUCGGAACUGGAGUGGAACAUCACUCCUUGUACCAGUACCAGUUCUCCGGUGCCAGCUCAGUUAUGGCAGGCUUUAUUCAGACUGAGACACCGUACUACCAAACCAACCCCAACGCAGCCAACAGUCCUUACCCAACCAACUCUGCCUUGAACGACCCCAGCUACAGCAGCUGCCUCGGCGGGAACUGCGACGCCCUCGGUCUACGCGUUCUCAACAGCCAGGACAUCAUUAUUUACGGAGCCGGCUUGUACAGCUUCUUUAACAACUACAGCACUACAUGCUCCACAUUCCCUACUCCCGAGAACUGCCAGAGCGAGAUCUUCAGUAUCGAGGGUACCACUAGCUCGUUGGUGGUUUACUCGCUCAGCACCGUGGGAACGACCAACAUGAUCGUCAAAGAUGGUAGCUCACUUGCAGUUGUCAGUGAUAACCUGGCAACUUAUGCUGCUACCAUCGCGUACUUCACUCUUUAG